AUGGCUAACACCAACAACACCCCCCAAAACGACCUUGUGGUCGACCACAAGACGCCCAAAGAAACCAGGUACUACCCGUCCGAGCUCAAGAACGACCUGAAAGACAGCGGCCUCGCUCCCCGCGUGAUCGAAGAAACGCUCGCCUGCGCCUGGGAGUACACCCGCUGCAUCAUCCCGGAAUUCACGAACUGGGGGCGCUACCUGGCCUUCGUGCGCGCCACCGUCAUCUGCAUCGUCGUCGAGUUCGACGAAACCCUUGUGGACAUGAGCGUCGAAGACCGGUUAGUCCUCGGAUACGACGUGGACGCGGUCCUGGACACCUUGUUCGGCGGCACGCGAGCGAACGGGCCGAGCAACGAUGCCAUGAGUCGCGAGUUGCGUUGUUUCUACCUCAUGACGGGAGACAAAGCCAGCAGCCGCCGGGACAUAUCGCAGCUCUUCAGCCGGUACGUGUCGGCGCUAGCUAGCUCGCCGCGCGCCUGGUUCCGCCUCCGCGACACCGACGCCCUGUUCACGGAGCCGCAGCUCGAGUUGCUGGUCGAGGUCGGCGAGACGCUGUAUGACGCCGUGGCCUUUCACAAGCACCGCGCCGAGGGCGAGGUGUGCAACACGUUCGCGGACGCGGGGGGCUCCGGCCCCGACAAGGAGGUCCGCUCCCGGGCCUUCGCCCGCUGUCGCGAGGUCCUGUGGGCCAUGGACGCGAAGAUGGCGCGCUCGCCUGCCCACAGGCACGCGUUGAACUUCUUGCGCUCGUUUGGCGGCCCCGUGCAUAUCAUGAUGCGCCGCUAUCGCUUCGUGGAGGACGGCAUGAUAGUCGGGCGGUCUGAGACCGAGGACGUCGUUUCUAAGGCGCGGCAACACGACAAGCUCUGGAAUCGCGUGGAUGCUAAGAAGGGAGACACCGCCCGCGAUGGGUCCGGUACCGACGUCGACAACAAAGAGCCGGAUCUGCAUUACGAACGAGUCAUGGAGCAGGGCAAUCGGUUGCUAUUCUCCGGUUUCGUGGAUGUGCUGGAGAAAGCCACCCAUGAUCGCUGUGAGACAUGCGUAUAUCGUUCUUCAUACGGGGCGGAGUUUAUGGAGGAGUUCGGGGGCGUGAAGCUAUGUCUUAAGUGCAGACAGCAGUGGAAGACAUACCUGGAAGGCCUGGGCGAUCGUGCGGUUGCCGCUUUUCCAGAGAUCACUUCGCAGUGA